UUUACAUCCAAGCUCGUGCCCCAACCUCCAGUCUCGCGUUUCCUUGCGUCUUGUCACUUCCUCGCCUCGGUGUUGAGGUCAAUCCAGAGCCUACUCAAGUAUACUUUAGUACGGGCUUGCAGGAUGUUUACCAAGGCUCCGCAGCACGCGAUGCUGCUCGCUGCCGCACUCCAAGCGGCGAACGCAGUCGCAAUUCCGGAUCCCACGGCUGCCCCGGCUCCCGUCGAAGCACGCGCCCCUAUCACGACACCAGCGCCUGUUGUCUUUGUAGGCGGCCGCAGCUAUGUUCUCGACAAGCGCAACCUCCUUGAUGAUAUCAAGAACGGCGUAGACAGCAUUGCGGCUUCCUGGGGCAGUGUACUGGGUACCGAUCUGCCUAGCUACUUCACGGAAGGUAUCCCCAACUUUUUCCAAGAUCUACCUACCGGUAGCCAGGUGCUAUCGUCGCUUGGAAUUAGUGAUGAUGACCUGAAAGCAUCGCCGACUGAGGUGCUCAACGUGCCGCCGUAUGCCAACUGGACUGACAAGGGUUGGAAUGUGCGCUUCCACGGAAAUGUUUACAAGAUGCCGAACAUUUCCCAGUCAAAGAUAGAUGACUUGGCCAAUGUCUUCUUGAUCGAUGUUAAACUCAAGGAUCUGCCCCAAAGCCAGCAGGAUCAGGCAAGGAACUUGACCAAGGAAAUCUUCAUCGUGCAACAGAGCAACCAGAACGUCUCGCUACACCUCGAGCCCGCCCGUUCGCAAGGUGGCGAUGGCGAGCCUGGCGGCAGCAACGCAAUCACCCCUCCAGGUGGCUCGCAGAACAUCACAUUACCAUACGAGACUACCUCCGAGGGCGACUUUGAUGUGUUCGUGCCGAUCAGGAACAUAUCCGGUGGAGGCCUGCUCGCUGGAAACGAGACCAACAAUGUACAGCGACUAAACGUGUACGCCAACGGCACACUUACCGGCAAUGCCACUGCGUACCUUGUUCCGACAGAGGGUAUCACAUUCAUCUCCGAUAUCGACGACAUCCUCCGUGUCACGAAGAUCUACGACCCCAAGGAGGGCUUAUUGAACUCUUUCGCAAGGCCAUUCACCCAGUGGAUGAACAUGCCCGAAAUCUAUGCCAACUGGUCCCAAAGCCUGCCCAACAGCACGCAUUUCCACUAUCUGACAACCACCCCAGAGCAGAUCACCCGUAAUUACAUGGACUUUAUCUUCAAGACGUACCCCGGAGGUUCCUUCGACACACGCCCGCUGAACUUCUCCGACGUCAGUGCUACCUUGUCGAUCCGCAAGUACCUGCUUGACAAGGUCUUUGAGACCUUCCCGAAGCGAAAGUUUGUGCUCAUUGCGGACACUUCGAACUCGGACGUCAUGAAGGACUACCCUCAGCUGGCACACGACCACCCGGACCAAGUGCAGUGUAUCUUCCUGCGCAACACUUCGUCGACUGACGACAGCGACUGGUUCCCAUACGACACUUCUGGCUUCGAGGGUCUCAACAACAAGAGCUACAUGUUCUUCCACGUUCCCGAUGAUCUACGCGGCCUCGACAUCGCCAACGGACAGUGCUUGAACAGCACCAUUCAACAGAAUGUCACGUUUUCGCGUCAGGAUGAGGUCCUUGGUAUUCACGGUGCGGGUGUCUCUUUGACGGGCAGCGCUACGAUGAGCCUUGUCGUCGCUUUGUUCGCUACUAUCUUCAUGGUGUUGUAAGAGUUGUACACGGAGCCGUCAAAAGUUCCGCACCUUGUGGUUUCCCAUAAUGGGCAAAACAGUACCGGUACUUUCGAUGAAUUCCUGUAUUUCCGGAUCACAAAUAUACACGGUGGAAUUUUACCAACCUAGCUGCUUUAUGUUUUCGCGGCGUCAAAGGGUCGGAUAUCUGGGUCAGGGUAACUUUCAAGCGGAGCGAUGAUAUUCGGAACCCUGGAUGUGCACAUGCUUGGUUCCAUCAGUGGCAUUGGUUCCACUGUGCGUUGAUUUACUGUAUAUAUCGUUGCUAUUAAUGUUCAGCUUCAUGUUUCACGC